AUGCAGAUUCAAUUCGUCUCGAAGGCGAUGAUGUGCCGAGCUUUCUCGAUAACUCUCACUAGGGCAGCCGGGAAUUGGUAUCGACAGCUUAAGACGAAGUCAAUCAGCACCUUCGCCGAGCUCAGUAGAUCAUUCCUAACUCAAUUUAUCGUCGGCAAGAAGAGUCGGAAGCUAUCAACCCACUUGCUUACCCUCAAGCAAAAAAGCGGAGAGUCAUUGAAAGACUGCAUUUCUCACUUCAAUGAGGAGGCCCUGCAAGUAGAUGAAUACUCUAACAAGAUGGCGCUGUCUGCAAUGAUCAGCAAGCUUAAGGAGGGAAGGUUCUUAUUCUCGAUAGGAAAGAAUCCACCAUCCACUCUCAGCGAACUCAUCAGUCGAGCACAGAAAUACACAAACGCUGAGGAAUUCUUCGGCUCGCGUAAAAGCAACCAGACCUCCAAGCCCUCAUCUAAAGGGAAGAGGCGGAGACAUGAAAUACCACAACAUGCGAACAAAAGGAGGUUGGACGAUAAUGCCUCCCAAGAUAGGAGGCUGAGUAAAAGACCCGAGAGCAAGUUCAGCUUGUAUACUCCUCUCAACACAUUUCCGGAGCAAAUUCUACUCGACAUCUGA